GACGUCAGACCAAUCAUUUUCGACCCCACAUUUUCAUUUUGGUCGCCUCUUUCUUUCUUCCAACCUUUCUUCGUCCAAUUCAAUUCCAUCGCGGGAGCAUUAUUUGUUGCAACCACCACCGACAGCAACGACUCUUCAAGUGGUAAAGCCAUGUUCACGAAAGUAUCCAAUUCGAUGCUAUUGGCAUCUUUGUUGCUGUUGCUUCCAGGGUCCUUGGGUUUUCUACCCACCACCAUCCACCACCAUCAUGUCAUGAACAAGGCACUCAAGGCAACCGUUCCAGCUGUGGACGAGGCCACCAACUCGUUGACCGUGACUCCCAUCAAGAGCUUGGACGGAACCGUCACUCUUCCAGGCUCGAAAUCCCUGAGCAAUCGUUGUCUGCUCUUGGCAGCUCUCAGCGAAGGUUCCACCAAAGUGGACAAUCUACUCGACAGCGACGACAUUCGAUACAUGCUAGAAGCACUGGAUCAAAUGAAGGUGCCGGUGGAAAAGCAUUCCGAAAGCUCUGUGACCGUGACGGGUCAAGCAGGACCCAUUAAUUCGCCAUUGAAGGAGGAGGAAGUCUGUGAACUCUUUCUGGGAAAUGCUGGAACGGCCAUGAGACCCUUGGCAGCAGCCCUUUGUAUGGGGGAGGGAAAAUUCGUCUUGGACGGUGUGCCUCGUAUGAGGGAACGACCCAUUGCCGAUUUGGUGGAUGGAUUAAAGCAACUGGGAGCCGAUGUUUCCUGCGUCGAAGAAACGGGAUGUCCACCCGUCACCAUCAACGCCAAUGGAUUAAAAGGAGGAAAGUGCUCCAUUAGUGGGAAAAUGUCGUCCCAGUUUUUGUCAUCCUUGCUCAUGGCGGCUCCAGUGGUCGAUGGCGAUGUCACCAUUUCCAUUAAGGACGAAUUGAUAUCGGCUCCCUACGUCGCAUUGACCAUUGGACUCAUGAAAAAGUUUGGUGUGAAUGUCGAAAUUGAAGGAGACAUGGAUGGAACACCGUCCUUUCAUAUAGCAGCGUCGGAAAAAUACAUUAGCCCCAAAUCCAUCCUGGUAGAGGGAGAUGCCAGUUCGGCCAGUUACUUUAUUGCCGGAGCUGCCAUUACCGGAGGAACUGUCGAGGUGCGAGGAUGUGGAUCAGACAGUGUUCAAGGAGAUGUAGCCUUUGCCGAUGUCAUGGAACAAAUGGGAGCUAAAGUCACUUGGGCACCAGAGAGUAUCACGGUGACGCGGGAUCCUUCCGUGCGACUCAAGGGAGUUGAUGUCGAUUGUGGCAAGAUCCCCGAUGCCGCCAUGACAUUGGCCGUGGCAGCACUCUUUGCCGACGGACCCACGACAAUUCGCAAUGUGUAUUCCUGGAGACUUAAGGAGACGGAACGAAUGAAGGCCAUUGUGGCCGAAUGCACAAAGUUGGGAGCUACCGUGGAGGAGUUUGAAGACUACUGCAUUAUCCAUCCUCCCAAGGACAACAAGAUCAACGACAAUGUGCUGAUUGAGACGUACGAUGAUCAUCGCAUGGCCAUGACGUUCAGUCUGGCGGCUUGUGGUGGUGUCGAUGUACGAAUUCAUGAUCCAGGUUGCACCGCCAAAACGUUCCCAACCUACUUUGAAAUGUUAGAAAGUAUCACAGAGAGAUAAGAUAGUCUAGUGAUGUUUUGUUCU